UAAGAACUUAAGAGUAUUGAUUUAAAGUUUAGGGCAAUUUAAUCUUUUAUUGUUAAAUGAUUGCUAUUAUUUUUCAUUAUGUGAUAAAACCUUUUUAGUGUUGUUAAUGAAAUUUGUUCGAAUAUUAUUUCAUCACACCUUAGCUAUCAGAAAAUUAGGUGAUUAAUGAAAGAAAUGGUCGUUGAACCAAAAAUACAAGUCAGUCUUUUUUCUUAAAAUAUGUAAUCCACAGUUGAAACUAAUAAUUUUAUAGAUUGUGUUCCAUCACCUUUAGCUGUCCGAUAUAGUCAUCACUAUCAGCUCUACACGAAGCCGGCCUUUUGACCAAACCAAGGAAGCACAUGUCUGGCACUCUAAUAAGUUUAGUUUUUGUUCGCACAGUACUAAUACUUCGAAUGUUACGAACCGUCCCGCUCUGUACCGCAGUUAAUAAUAACAAAAAUCUUUACAUAUACCAUAUAUCUAUACGUUUUUAUACCUAUUAAAACCGCACCGCAGUUAAACUGCUUGUUCCGCACCGCUCAAACCGCAAUUACCAUUCGGAGCCUAAAAUUGUCUUUUAAACCCUUGUUCAGUUUCGAUUCUUCAUGAGUCCACUUUUUUUUUUUUGUCUGGUUAAUUAUGCUAUUACAAAUUAUGGGAAAUAUUACAUAGACGAUAUUACAGUCGACAAUUUUACCUACCUUAUGAGGAUUCACGCCUGACUGCAUCACCCUGAGUAGCCCUAUGAGAUCCAUUCCUGACGGUACUCCUUGCACCAUGCUGAAAAUCUCUUGUAAGCAGUUUCUCUAAUUUUCUGCAUAAUUCGCCUUCUCCGAGAAUUGAAACCCAGAACUCUUUCUGUAGAAAUUGCAUUGCUUGGGAUUUGAACCCCAGACCUGGGUGUAGAAGCCUUUAAACCUUGACCACUAAGCCACGGUGCUUCCACAUGAGUCCACUUUAGAUUAAUCUUUUUUGCGUUUUUCUUAAAAGGUGGCCAAACUAAUUUUUAUAGUCCCUAAAAUUUAAGGGUCAUCUCUAUAAAAUAUUCUUUUUUUUGCGCAUCUAAAAAUAUUUUCAACUCAUUGAUACUUUUACUUUUAUAUAUUAUAAUAAUAUGUUUUAACUCAUCUUUGUUUUAAAAUUGCUAUUUUCUAUAAAUAUAAAGACAAAAAUAACAUUCUUUUAUUAUAGAAUCAUACUAUUUCAUUUUCACAGUUGUUCCUCAACUUUCAAACUUUCAUAGUUUUAGCUAAAACAAAUAUUUUGUAGAGAAAUGCAGUUUUUUUUUUUGUAAAAUAAAAUCACACUUUUGUUUACAUAAUAGUCUUUAAAAUUUAGUUUAAACAAAAUCAAAAUUUUAUAAAAGAAUUGCAAAAGUUAAAGUACAUAAGGUUAAUUUUCAAAUUUCACUAAAUAAAAGGAACUUAUUAUAAAAUAAAAUAAACUUUUAAAAAUAUUUAUUUUAAGAGAUAAAAAUACGUUAAAAGAAACACAUCUCUAUUUUAUAAUUACUCUAUUUUAAACGAAAAAAAUUAAGGGAAUACAUUAGAAAUUGUCUAAAACCCUAAAUAUCUUGCGUACAUCAGUUCAUAGUGUUUGGAAAAACUUCUAGUCAAUUGAAAAGUUGACGCAAACCAUAAACUAUCAUUUAUAUACAUGUAAAAUUGUAAACUUUUUUUUUUUUGCUAAAAUAAAAUUGUAAACUUUCUAAAAGCAUUAAUCACAAACACACAAGAAAAUCAUCUCAAGUUAUACUUGUUCCAUAUAUAUACAUAUAUAUUGUUCCAUACAUAUUGUUUAUACGACAAACAAGUCAUUAAAAUGUUUCAUAAGGUCAUCCUCGUACUUCAAAUAAUUAAGACAACAAAUUUAAGAGAAAUUUAAAUUCUAGGAAUAUAAUUCUUAAUGAACUGGCCAACUAUAUGACCGAAGACGCAUUCUUUUCUAAGUUCUAACUAUUUUUUUUUUGUUUUUCUAACUAUUUAACAAUAUAAAUUUCACAAGUGAUAGCUUCGGAAAGUAAAAGAACAUUUCACAAGUUUCCCUGCCACCUACUAUAUAACUUGGUUAUAAUCCUCACUUUUAAGAAGCACCAAAACUUAAAAACUCUAAACGUUCAAAACAAAAAAAAGAUGAAAAUCUUUAUCCAAUCUCGAAACCUAAUCUUGGCCACGACCAUUUUCCUCGUUUUUAUUGCUCCCAUAAAAUCCCAAGACAGACCAGAAGACUUUUUGGCAGCUCACAACGAAGCACGAGCUGCGGUUGGGGUGGGUCCUUUAACGUGGGACGUUCGGGUGGCUCUUUAUGCCACUACCUAUGCGAACCAGCGUAGAGGCGACUGCGCUUUGAAAAACUCGGAGGGGCCCAAUGGCGAGCCAGGGCCCUAUGGCGAGAAUCUCGCUUGGAAUAGUGCUAGCAUGUCAGCCGCUGAAGCAGUUGAAGCGUGGGUUAACCAGAAAUCUGACUACGAUUAUAAUUCCAACACAUGUGCUGAUCCGUUAACAAAGUGCUUAAGCUAUACUCAGGUUGUUUGGAGAAACUCGGUUAAGUUGGGAUGUGCAAAAGUGAGCUGCAUCAGUGGUGGAACCUAUAUUACUUGCAACUAUGAUCCUCCCGGUAACAUUGUUGGCCAGUGGCCUUACUAAAAGGAAAUAACCUAUGAUCCCCCCUCCUUUGAAUAUGUUUCCAAGUCUAUGUGUUUAUUGUUUGUUUCUAUGCUGUUCAUAUAUAAGCUAAUAAUGAUUGGUUUGUUUGGUCCGGUCGUCUUUUGUACCAUAUUUAUGCGUGUGUUUCUAUAAUGGAAUAAGAAAACUGCAAUGCUACGGCAUGCACUUGCUUUGUUUGCUAUGUAGUAUGUACAAGUCUCCUUUUUUUCAGUUGUGAUAAUAUGCCAAGAAUUUCAAAAUCGUUAGCUGCAUUUUGAUGAAAGCGUUUCCAAACCAUUAGUUGAAUCCUUUUUAAAGAGUUUCCAAACGUUUAGCUUAAUUUUUAUUUUCUCUAUAAUAUGUUUUCUAAUAUAGAUCGAUGUACCGUUUUCAUUUUGCUGUUUUUUUUUCUAGAAAUACAUAAUUCUGAACUAGCUAUUAUUUCAUCACCUUGGUUAUCGAGAACUAGGCGAUUGAUGGAAGAAAUCGAUCUUUGAACCAAAAAUACAAGUUUUUUACUCUAAAAUAUAUAAUCCACAGCCAAAACUAAUAAUUUUAGAAAUAUUGUUCCAUCCCCCCUAGCUGUCCUAGAUAGUCAUCACUGUCAGCUCUACGAACAUAUAUAUCACCUCAGUUAAAAAAAAAAAACAUAUAUAUCACCUUUUGCACAUCUAAAACCAAGCCCGUCUCAAACAUAAAAUAGGUCAUGUACUACACAAAUUUUGACACCUAUUUCUUUAUACAAAAUUUUUUUUUAACAGGAUCCUAAACUAAGCUGAAAAAAGUUAAAAAAAAUGGACCCUGUGCAAAUGCACCUCCAGCACUGGGCCAGAGCCGGACCUGUCUAAAAGCAUAGAUAACGUGCAUACAUUUCACAAUGUUUUGAGAGAAAUUGAUUAAAAUAUGCCGAUUACCACUUCUCAAAAAAAAAUUUUAAUCAAAUACUCUAACAUUUGUGUUUAGGAUUUUUAGUAUUUAAAGGUGUGAUUGGGUUUAUUAACUUUUAUAAAUUAUUAUUUAAUAUUUAUAAAUGUUUUAGGAAAGUUAUUUUAAUAUUAUCACAGAUUUAAGGUAUAUAUGAAAAUAGCUAUCUUUCAAACAAAAGUAAAUUUGAAAAUUGGCAGCUAACUUAGGAUAAAGUUAAAAUUCUCCGAAGUUUUGAAAUUGUGUAAGUUAUAGUCAAUUGAAAACGUGACACAAUGAGAAAUCUAUACUAUUAUUUGAUAAGUGAAUUUACUUCCUUAUCAUAUUUUCCAUGAUCUUAGUGAAUUUGUUUAGUUGUCAUAUUCUCCGUGAUUUUAGGAUAAGUCAUUAGUUUAACUUAUAAUAUUAUUUAAUUUUUUUAUUUUAAUAUAUAAAUUUAUCAUAAUAUUUUAAGAUAAUUAAUAAAUAUUAACCUAUUCUACCUAUAUAUAUACUAUUAUUUUUAAAAUUCUAAUAUAUAAUUAUUAUGAUAUUUAAAACAUUUAAUUAAAUAUAUAUUAACAAUUGAUAUUAAUAGUAUCUACAUAUAGUAUCAUAAUUAUGUUAAUCUUAUAUUUAGUUUAUGGUUUUAAUGACUAUUAUUAUAGCCAAUUUUCUGUUUUUUAUUGAAAAUAUUGUUCAAAAUACAGAUUAUUAUAAAUUUAUAUAUAAAUAUACUAAUAUAUUUUAAUUAAUCGGUUUAUUCGGUUGGAUGGGUUAAUAUCCUAAACCAUGUCCAUAUACUAGAGUUUUCAAAAUAACACGCAUUUGGUUUAUUUGAUACUACCAAAUCAAAACUAUUUACUUCAUUUUGGUUCGGUUUUAAAUGGUUCAGUUUUACCGGAUUGAAUACUUCUAGGCUAUUGUUAUUUUGUUAACAUUUUAUAGGUUAUAAUUAAUUAUAAUACAUUCAGUCCAAAUACAAUAAGUAUUUAAUUUCAAAUCCAAGUUUCCUAAUUUGAUUAUUACUAUAGAAAAUAUUUUUGAUCCAAAAUCCACAUCCCAUAAAUAAAAAUAUGAAACAAAAGAAGGUAA